GCGCCGUGGAGGCGGGGCGGGACGCGUGUGGAUGAGUGGAUGAUGCUUUUCUCCACCGGAGAUCAGCAUUUCAGCUCUAAACGUCUGUCAGCAUGAGCUUGAGGAUUAGUCUGGAGUGACAGAAGCCGUUCAGCGUUUGUCAGCGGUUGACCGUCUCCAGCAUGGACUUCCUGCAGAUGAAGCACCUGAAGAGGAAAAGGAAGAGCAACUACAGCGUGAAGGAAACUCAAACUCUGAUCCGCGAGAUCCACAAGCGGCGCGAGAUUCUGUUCUCUCGCCAGCAGAACAUGGCCAUCAACGAGCUGAAGCGGCGCGCGUGGGAGGAGGUGGCGGACAGUGUGAACGCGCUGGGCGAAGGAGAGCUGCGCACGGCAGCCGAGGUCAAGAGGCGAUACCUGGACUGGCGAGCGCUCAUGAAGAGGAAGCAGCUGCAGGCUGAACUGGCAUCAGGAUUAAAGCAGGAGUUUGAGCCGUCGUCUCCUGAUAAUGACGCUUCUCUGGGCGGCGGUGACCAGUCGCUUGACCUCAGUGGCUUUCCGAAAGACUCCUCGUGCGACUGGCAGGACCUGACAGAUCUAGGAGAGCCCAGCACACACACUCCUGGAGUCAAGAUGGAGGACGACGAGGCCAGCAGCUACAGGUUGGAGGCUGACGUUGGAGAAGGUGUGGAGGGUGACGACGAUGAGGAGGACUGUUUUCCCUCCAUCCUCCCUGAUAUGGACCGCGAGGGCCGAGUUCCUGAGGUCUUUGCUCAUAUUGAUGAAUUCGGUGUCCUGAGCUCCACCAAACCCACAUCAGGCCAGACUGCAGGCCGAGACCUGGGACUCGGAAUGGGUGGAGUAACCGGCAUGGGUGUAGCUGGAUUGGGCAUCGCUGGAGGAGAGACCACAAGCCUGCUGGUGGCGCUAGAAAGGCAGCGAUUGGACCUAGAGAAACACCGACUACAGGUGGAGUCAGAACGGCUGCAGGUGGAGAAAGAGCGCCUCCUGGUGGAGAAGGAGAGACUGCGGCAGGGCGAGGUGGAGCGGGAGCGGCUGCAGUUAGAGAAAGAGCGUCUACAGGUGGAGCGAGAGCGUCUGAGACUUGUUUUACAUCAAAACACGCCUCUCCAACAGAGCCCUGCCCCCUCGACAUCUAUAGCCACGCCCACCACUUCAUCCUCCGCCCCCUCGUCGUCCUCAUUGGAUGGAGAGAAGGACAGGAAGCUAGUUUGGCCAAUGGUGGUGGAUUUAGAGGCGGAGAAGCUGAAGUUGGAGAAAGAGCGCCUCCUGCUGGAAAAGGAGAGACUGCAGUUCUUUAAGUUUGAGUCGGGCCGGCUGCAGAUUGAGAAGGAGCGCCUGCAGGUGGAGAAAGAGAGGCUGCAGCUGCAAAAAGACGGACAGCAGAUGGUGCUGCACUCGUGAAACUACACCAAUGCAGUUAGGUAGGAGGUAUGAGGAAAAAAAAAAACAAGGGUGCCGUAGUUACCCAUUCAUUUCUGUGGGGGAAAUUAAAGUGGAAGUGAAGCACUCAGUCAAGUUUACAUUAUUUUAUAAAUUGCUUUACACUUUAAUGAAAAUAAAUUAAACAAACUCAAUUAAUGUAACCAUUUUGAAGAAAAGGACAUGUUGUACUAUAGUUUUUAGCGAAAGGGCACCACCAUCUUGGAAUAUCGCUGUGUCUGACGUCACAGGCUUUGUUCCGUUCCCUCAGGUGAACAGAUACAGUGAAAGUGGCUUAACACAGAGACUGGACAUCCUAAUUUAACAAUGCGUCAGUUCAUGGACGUUCAUUGCAGAGCUUGUGCAAAUACAAGCAUCAAAUUUGUGUUUAAUAUAUAACAAAUAUUAAUAAGUUUUCUAUUUUUCUUUUUAAAUACCGUUUGUUUGAUGCACUUUGGUCCACUCUCUCAUGCUGGUCCAGCGCUGCCAGACAAGAGGAUUUACAUUCAGGUUAAUGCAACUAUUAAAACACGACGAUUAAAAUCACGACUGUGUGGAACAUAUCAAGACAUAUUUUCUUAUCAAGUCAAUCUCUCAACCUUCUGUAUAAAAGAAAUAAAAACCUGUAAUAUGAAAAACUGCGCUGAUCUUAAUUUGGUUUGAACACGAAUAGAGGUGGGGGCUGUAGUAGUGAAAAAGAAAGUACCUGCUCUUAUUACGCCGGGCACCAAACCUUGUUGAAGCCCACACAGCCAGCCAGUCAGGCAGCGCAGUACAGAGAGAGGACCAAAGUGCAUCAAACAAUUGAUAAUUAAAAGAAAAAUAGAAUAAAUGUAUAUUUUUAUAUACUAGACACAACUUUGAUGCUUGUAUUUGCACCAGCUCCACUCCCACAACUUCACGCAUUGUGUUAAAUUAGGUUGUUCAGUCCAUUACUUUCACUGUAUCUGUUCAGUUGAGGGAAUGGAACCAAACCUCUGACGUCAACAAAGCAAUAUUGCAAGAUAGCUCUAAAAUCUAUAGUAAAACACAUCCUUUUCUUCAAAAUAGUUAUGUUAGUUGAGUUUGUUUAAUGUACUUUCAUUAAAGCAGAAUCCAGGUUAUAAAAUAAAUGUAAACUUGACUGAGUGCUUCAUUUCCUCUUUAAGUGUGUUCUUUUGUACUUUAAUUAAAGGGGAAGAUGAUUGGCAUACAUUUAAAACAAAAAGGUUGAUAAUAAAUGCAAGGAUUUUAUAGAAAAGACGGAUGUGGACUUAUUUCUGAAUGUUCCAGAAAAAUUCUCAACUUAUUUUUGUUAUUGUUUUCUGUUUUGCUAUGGACCCUUUUCACAAGAUGGUUAUAAUGUGUUUGACGGUCAUCAGCAUCUUGAAGGUUUUUAAUAUCUUCUUAUUUAUAUUCCCAGGUUCUGCUGGUGUACGCAUUUCCCGAAUUUUCAUUGCCAAUCUUAAAGUCUGUUUUAUACUUCUGCGUCAAGCGCACGCGGUUCCAUCGCCCUUGCCGUGGCUGACGCUGACACGCACCCCUCAAACAAUGUAACUACACGGCGCAACAAUGCAUACCACAAUCACUGUGAUUGGUCAACUUGGUAGUGCUGAUGAGUGUGGGCGGUGCCGAGAGCUGUGAGCCCGAUGGAGCGAGAACAAGUGUCGAGUCCUGUAAAGGAGCUCCAGACGGAAACUUUCGUUUUGUGUUUACCUUAUAACUAAAGUUGUUGCACGUCCGCCAGUUCCUGCCUCUGAAUGAGCGAGUUUUAGCUACUUGUACAUUAAGGUAAUGUUUAGAAAAAACGAAACGCCUGCAAAGAAACUCGACACAGAGGAACUCAAAAGUAGCUAGUGUUUUGGAAGUGUUAUUGCAGAGCAACACAAGCAGCUCGCAGAAGUAUAAAUACACGGCUACUCGCAAGGCAGGUGCCUUGGGUCACGCCGAUCACUCGACGCAGAAGUAUAAACCAGCUUUAAGCCAAUUGUAAUAGUUUGUUUUGGUUCAGUUUGGAAUUUCCCCAACCAUUUCAGAGCCAGGGGGAUCAGAGUGAGCGUUCCAGCUUGGCCUCACCCUGAUCAAGUUUUAAUAUCUUGAUUUUUAAUUUUUAAUUAAUUUAUUUUUUAAUUAGUGUACGUUUAUAAAGCUAUAUUUUUUAUUAAAUCAUCUUUGCACCAAAGGACAAAAGUUUCUAAUGCAGCGUCUUUCACCCUCGCAGAGGUUUUUUUUUUUAUUAUUCGAGCAAAUAGGAAUACAAAAAAAAAAGAUUUGUUGUACUCUCCCGUUCACAGGACUUUAAGUUUAUUUCGACUUCUUUUUCUGAGAAACCCGUAAAUGUGAAAAGGGUCCAUGGUUUACUAUAAAUAAAACAUACAAAUUGUUAUCAGUUAUUGAUGCAAAUCUAAAAGAAAAUUACUUAAAAAUAAUAAUCAGAAAUAAUCAAACUUAAUUGUUGCUUCAGUGACACUUUGUAAGAUUAAAAUGCUAAUUUUACUAAAAUGCUAAUCAUUUUUCAUCGUAUUCACUAUAAUAGCACUUAAAUAACACAAAAUUUACAUCUUCCUUCAUUCACUAAAAUUUAAUUAUAUUAAUUAUAUUUUUGUUUAUUUCAGUCAGAUUUUUUAUUACUAAACUAAUGCUAAAAUUUUAAAAUUGUUGCCGGAAAAAUGUGCCUGGAAAAAUAUUAUUUAUUAUGCUAUUAAGUGCAAAAAUCAACACAUUUUUAGUGUUUGUCUCUCUAAAAACAACCCAGUUUAAUUUUGUAUUAUAUAUAAUAGAUUUUUCCCUCUGAAAUGACUGGAUAUCUAUGGUAAACAGGAUUUAUUGAGGUGUCCUCAGUAAGUGAUGCAUUUCUAGCUGUAUCUACAGAUCAGGUCAGCCCACAUGAUUGCCUUCUGUUCAUGCAAAACUAUCAUUUAAUACUGAUUAGGUUGAGAAAAGUGUUCGUGUUCAUUAAAUGUGUGCAGUAGUAGAUGUACUUUUCACUUACUGAAAAAAAAGUACUGAUACUCCUGAUUAUCUUUUCACAAGAUGUGUGUAUGUACGUUGUUACCAUACUGUGUUUAAUGUGCAGAGUAAAAAAGAGCUAAAAAGAGUUGGAUUGUAUGUUAAAGGGCUCUUAUAAGUAACUGCAUUCACUAUGAAAAUCCAGGGCCUCGUUUAUGUGGAAUCAGUGUAAAUGUGAAUGUAUGGUGAAGUUAGUUGUUCCUGUUAAUGAUGUAUAUGGUUAAAGACAAAAUUAUCAGC